CUCACAGGGCUAAUGCACCACAGACCAGAAGACCCUGUCGACUACUUGGAAAGUUGCCUGAAGAAAGUGAAGGAGCUGGGAGGACCCGACAGAGUGCGGUGGGACACCUUUGUGGCCCAGGAGAAGAGGACAUUGCCUCCUCUGAAUGGUUGCCAGAGCAGAAGAUCCUUCUUUAGGAAUGUUCUGCCUGACACUCCCAGUUUUCCUUAUCAACGCUAUGACCGUCUGCCUCCCAUCCAUCAGUUCUCCAUCGAGAGUGACACCGAUCUGUCUGAAACUGCGGAGCUCAUCGAGGAAUACACAGUGUUCGACCCAGUCAAACCACACCCUUGGAUUCUGCUGCUUAUAGGUGGCCCAGGCAGUGGGAAGGGAACUCAGAGUCUGAAGAUCGCCAAGCAUUAUGGAUUUGAAUACAUUUCAGUGGGAGAGCUUCUCAGAAGGAAAAUGAUCCACAACACAACUUGUAACAGGAAGUGGAGUUUAAUUGCCAAAAUAAUCACCAAUGGGGAAUUGGCACCACAGGAAACAACCAUCACUGAGAUCAAACGUCGUUUGAUGCAACUGCCAGACGCACAAGGAUUUGUCAUUGACGGAUUCCCCCGGGAUGUUGCCCAAGUGUUGUCCUUUGAAGACCAGAUCUGCACCCCAGAUUUAGUUGUGUUCCUUGCCUGCGCAAAUCACCAGUUGAAAGAGCGGCUGGAAAAGCGGGCAGCACAGCAAGGUCGCCCUGACGACAAUCCCAAAGCCAUCCAGAGACGAUUGACAACCUUCAAACAAAACACCAUCCCGUUGGUCAAGUAUUUCCAGGAAAGGGGGCUGAUUGUUACGCUGGAUGCAGACCGAGAUGAGGAAGAGGUGUUUUAUGACAUAUCUGUGGCAGUCGACAACAAAUUGUUUCCUACCAAAGAACCUGUGGCUGGCCCCAGUGAACUUGACCUCAGUUUGCUCGUGGAUGUCACAGAUGCUGUUGGUGUUGAGUCAGACUCUGAUGAUCAGAUGGAUAAGUGGUCCACAACUUCUGAAGAUUGCAAAAUGGAAGAAAACCUGAAGCAAACCAAGGUUAUAUUUGUUAUCGGUAAGUAG